UCCGAGUCUCGGUUUUUGAACAUCCUAACUGAACCAUCAAGGUCGAAUGGAAAUAUGGUUCGUCAUUCUUCAUCUCCAUAUGUAUUAUAUCCACGUGAUAAGCCUUUCCUUAAUAGUGAUCUAAGACGCUCCCCAAAUAAGCCCACACUUGCCUAUCCAGAAAGCAACAGCAGAGCCAUAUUUUCUGCUCUUAAGAAUCUUCAAGAUAAGAUUCGACGCUUGGAACUGGAAAGGAUUCAGGCAGAAGAAAGUAUGAAAACCUUGUCUAGGGAAACCAUUGAAUAUAAGAAAGUUUUGGAUGAACAGAUACAAGAGAGAGAAAAUUAAAAGAAUGAAGAAUCAAAACACAAUCAAGAACUAACAUCCCAGUUGUUAGCUGCAGAAAAUAAAUGUAAUCUGUUAGAAAAACAAUUGGAAUACAUGCGAAAUAUGAUAAAGCACGCAGAAAUGGAGAGGGCAUCUGUCUUAGAAAAGCAGAAAAAAAUGCAAGAGCUGGAGUCUAAACGGAACGGAACGGAACGGAAGCGUAUGCAGGCGCAGGCAGCAGAGUUGCAGACUGGUCUAGAAGCAAAUAGACUUAUUUUUGAAGAUAAGACAACUUCAUAUGUUCCAACCAGCACUAGAAAAAUAAAAAAAAAGUCAAAACCACCAGAAAAGAAAGGUCCUAGGAACUAUUUUGGUGCACAGCCACAUUACAGACUGUGCUUAGGCGAUAUGCCCUUUGUUGCUGGAAAGUCUACCAGUCCCAGCCAUGCCGUGGUAGCUAACGUUCAGCAUGUCUUGCAUCUGAUGAAGCACCACAGUAAAGCUUUGUGCAAUGAUCGAGUUGUUAACAGUGUUCCCUUGGCAAAGCAAGCCUGUUCACGAAGUAGCAAGAGUAAGAAGUCAGUGACACCUCCCUCUGGCAGUGUCAGUGAAGAAUUGUCGGAUGUCUUACAGACUCUGCAGGAUGAAUUUGGGCAAAUGAACUUUGAUCACCAGCAGCUUGCUAAACUCAUCCAGGAGUCACCAACUGAGGAACUGAAAGACAACUUGGAGUGUGAAUUGGAGGCAUUAGUGGGAAGAAUGGAAGCAAAGGCCAACCAGAUAACUAAAGUUCGAAAAUACCAAGCCCAGCUGGAGAAACAAAACAUAGAUAAGCAGAAGAAGGAAUUAAAACCUAACAAAAAGACUCUUGAUGAAGAAGGAAACAGCAGCAAUCGUUCAUCUGGAGUCACAAGGACCACAAGUAAGAAGGAUCUUGCCAAACAGAGACCUGGAGAAAAAAGCAGGAAAAAUCUUCAGUUACUGAAGGAAAUGCAAACCAUACAGAAUUCACUGCAAAGCAGUAACCUGUGUUGGGAUUACUGACACCAGAUCAUAAAUUAUGUACCUUACUGGACAGUGACAAUACUUUCCAGGUUUCAUGCUUGCUGAUGUUGUCAUUACUAGCAGGUGUCAAGGGGCCCAGCUUCAUAACACAGUCUCUUGUGUCAUGCAACACAACUACAUGGAAAUGGAAUUUUACAGCAUGAGAUGCUGCACUGUUUCUUUGAAUUUGCUAUACUCAUAUACUGCACUUUGUAAACAAAUGACCAGUUUUUUACUUGUGGGUGUGUUUUUUAAGUAGGACUAUAUGUAAAUUGGGUUUGAAAAUUCAGAAUGAGACUGUCUUCAUAGUCAGUGCUUGGAAAGUUUCAUUUUUAGAUCUUCCCCAGGCAUGAGGUGACCUCUACUUCCCCCUCUCCAGAUGACCAUUAAAUGUACUGUUUCCAACUACUGAUAGAGGGUUUCUGUAUUUAAAUAUUUAUAUAUUUAAGAGGACUUUGUUUUGUUCUGCUUUUUGGUAUUUCAGAUGCUGAUCAGCAUUAAGUCAGUCUUAAAGACCCAAACAUUUUUAAAAAGUUACCCAUGAACUAUCUAACAACAUCUUCAUAAAACUAUAAACAGUUGUUAAUGAAAUAAAUGACAUUUUGGAAUAAAGAAUUAGGAGAAGUGGGGGGAAUGUUGUGAAAUGUACACAUUUGCAAUUUACAAUAUCUUUGUAAUCAUGUUAUUCAGUUAAGCACUGGUUUUUAAUCUUGAACCCCAUGCUUUUAGCAUACUGAAUAGGGGUAGUGUGUGUGUUGAACACACACAUCUAUCAUUAUGUCAAUGUAAAUUAUAAUUUUGAAUAGAUCAACAUGUUAAACUUUAUAAACUUGGUACUGAAAUCAAUAAAGCAGUUUUUAAACUUCAAAAAAAAAAAACCUGCAAAGGCUCACAGAAGUGCGCUGAGAAGGACUACGCCUUCCUCUGCCUCCGAGGACCUGUCCAAAAGUUCGCAUCGAUCAGGAUUCAUUUGACUAGGAUCAGGAUUGGAUGUAGUGGAAAACAGUAUCGGAUCACAAAACUAAGCGGGAAGAUCAUCUCCUGCAAAAGAAGGCCCAGCAGGAGAUACUCCAGCGCUCCCUACAGGUGAAAGCAAGCACAACGAAACCUGAAGAUCUUGGCGAGCAUAAUGCGUCAGCCCAGUGUAAGGACUCCCAGCAGUCUUAGGAUGAGAUGUCUCCUGAGCCCGUGACUCCUUCCUCACCCUCUGGUCCUCUGCCGGUGGAGACAGAGAACCUUCCACAGAGUUCUGCAGCCGACCAACUCAACAGGACAAGGCUCUCUGCUACCAGUGACCGCCGUCGAUGCGGCAGAAACCAGGGGAGCACGAGGGCCGUGCCCCAACCCUGGACUGCACAGAGAAACUACACUGACUUUCUACGUGAGCACGGUGUGAAGAAUGCAGGAGCCCAUCACGAUGCUCAUUUUUCUGGACGUGCAGCCAUGGCUGGGAUAGGAGUUACGCCUUUUAGGUCGCGGAACUCCGCCAUCCAGGUUGCCAAUGUAUUUUGCAGUAUUUAUAGAGGAUUGAUUCCACUAGGAGUGCUGGAGAGAAUUUUAUACUGAGUCACUAGUUGCACAAUGCUAUACAUGACACCUGUGGAAGUAAAGAGAACUUGAAGACGCUGCAAGCUGUCUUUGACAAUGACAGAUGUUGCUGUGUUGAGAGGUGUGCCUGCCACUAUGGCCUUGAGAAAGGUUCCCACAGUUUUAGCAUUUAACACAUCACUCAGAACAUCUCUCAGGAGUUUUGUGUUUAUGAUAACCUGUCGGUUGUCAUCGUACCAUCUAAGCACACAGAAGUUUAAAGCAUAAGACACAAAAAGCAUGCCUCAAAGGUUUUCAGUCAUGGCACAUCAGCCUUUGGUGCUGUAGUAAUACUGUUCUGAGACACUGCUUUCUAAAGUGGCCCAUGCCUUAAUUUCAGCUAAGUAGCUGUGGUUUUAAUAAAAAUUUACCGUACUUUA